AUGGCUGCCACAAUGACUCCUAUUGCUGUGACUUGCACUUCAUUGCCCGGCUCUUUUUUUUUUUUUUUUUUUUUGCAUUUUAUUUUCGCUUUCCAACAUUCUUGUGCAGUAACCAUGUCCGUUGAUGGCCUCAUCCUCUCGGACUUACGCCGAGUUCUAUCAGAGGCGAGGCCCAGUCCCUUUUUUUUUCUUGUGUGUGGGCCAUCAGGAUCCGGCAAAACAUUUGUUCUCCACGCCGUUCGCCAAGGUGCUGGCGUCUACGGGAUGAGUGUUAGCCAUGGCGUACCUUCAAUGGAUGAUGGAAUGGAACCUGAAACGACAGAGUGGAACGAUUCAAGGGCGCGAAUUUUUUAUGUGGAUUACAACGCAUUGCGCUCCAAUGACAGCCGUGCCUCGUCGAUAUCCGAAAAGUACCCGGCAGGCACCGUUGUGCUGCUGGAUGAUAUUGAGGCCGUUGACUAUCUUCUUCGUUUAAACGCGUCCUUGCACCGCCUUGAGGACAUGGUGAGUCGACUGCUCCGCUCGCCACGUUGUGCACUGGUGACUUCAGCAACUGACGUGCUCCAUGUGCCUCGGUGGCUUUUGGCGAUUUGGACUCCUUUCACGUACAAAACGCAUGAACUCACCUCGAGUGCCGCCCGUCGCCUCAUUCGUUCCUUCCCUGAUGCCGAGGAUCUUUUGGCGUUUGUUUCGGGAGGAAACGGCGAAGAGUUGGUCUCAUACUUGAGGACACGAAGGGCUCUUACGUUGAUGUUAUGCCAUGCACAAUGUGAGAAAAACAGGUCGUGUGUUCCCACUUCUCCCACUGCACUGCACUUCCUUGGUCAUGCCGCUACCGCACCACAAUUGCCGUCGUCCUCUCGGGGAAAGCUCUUUGGACUUGGUCCUGCGCUGGAGCGAGUUGAAACACUCGUGCGACUUUUUAUGGAGCGGGAAAAUCUUGCGGGUGGCAAAUUGCUUUCAACCGUUGCACCCACCACCGGAAUUCUCCUUCAUGGACCUUCGGGCAGCGGCAAGACGGCAAUAGCGAGCAGAAUUUCUGCAUCCUACCCUGGCAAAUGUUUCUUAGUUAGCUGUGCCGCUCUGUUCUCCAAGUACCUUGGCGAAAGUGAAGAACGUCUGCGGGAAGCGUUUCGAAAGGCACGUUUGUGUGCGCCAUCUGUGCUGGUGCUUGACGACGUCGAUGUUAUCGGAACCUCACGCGGUGCCUUUUUGAAUGGUGGCACGGGCGAUGGCCUUAACGUGACAAAACGGAUGUUAGCGGCGCUUCUCUGUGAAUUAGAUGGCCUUAUUGAUAAUAAAAGUGUCCUUGUGAUUGCCACAACCAAUGUUCCUGGGACGCUUGACGUCGCCCUCUUGCGACAGGGACGUUUUGAGACGGUUGUUUACGUGCCGCCGCUUAGUUUUGAGGCUGCAGAGGAAAUGGCACUGGAGUUCUUUGGUGCCUUUGACGGCGCGGCGGUGAAAGCACGGGAAGAGUUGAGUCGGUUUGUGGCAGGCCGCGCGGAGGGGUGCGCUGCAGCCUCGUUGAAGGCGUUUCUUCGAGAGGUGUUUGAGAAGCAGCAACAACAUCAGGAGAUGGAGGUCAACAAAACGGCGAGAGUGAAGGCUGGCGAGAGGGAGACGGCUCUCUUUUUGCCCAGCGAGGCGCUGGUACGUGCUACACUUGCGAAAACUACUGUGCUGCAGCGUGUAAAUUACGAAUAUAGUUUUCUUUAA